AAUACCAUAAAAAAUGUAUAUUAGAUUCAGAAAACUUUUUAAAUAUUAUUAAAAAUCCCACUUUAUCAGUAGACAAACAAAUUGAUAUUGGAAGGAAAAAAUAAAUAAUACAAAAUCGUUAAAAUAUCAUUCCUGUUAUUGAGGCAAUUAUUUUGUGUGGUCGGCAAAAUAUGGCACUACGAGGGCAUCGUGACUCUGGGAACAUUUUCAAAGCAUGCUCAAAUGACAAACAAAAUAAUGAUGGUAAUUUUAGGGCAAUUCUUCGCUAUAUGGCCCAAGGCGAUAGUGAUAUGAGAUCAUAUCUUGAAAGUUCUGGUACCAUUAAGUACACAAGUUCUACUAGUCAAAAUGAAAUAAUCGAUUCCUGUAAUAAACUGUUAUUGAACAAAAUAGUUUCAAGAGUAAACGAAGCAAAAUGUUUUACUGUUCUUGCUGACGAAACGGCUGAUGUGUCGGGUAUAGAACAGGUAUCUUUGUGUGUCAGAUAUGUUGACAUGACAGGGAAAGGAUUGGCGAAAUUAAUAAUUGAUAAUCUACAAAAUUUUGGCAUAGAUAUAAUAUACUUACGUGGUCAGGGGUAUGAUGAGGCAGCCACUAUGUCGGGAAAAUUUAAUGGCGUUCAAGCACAUAUUAAAGACACACACCCUUUAGCAAUUUAUGUACACUGUUCAGCACAUGUGUUAAACCUGGUAGUAUCUAAAUCAUGUAGCGCGACCCAAAUAAGAGACUGUUUAGCAAUUUUAGGGAAAGUCCGCGAUUUCUUUAUUUUUCCGAAAAGAAAAUCAAUUCUUCAAUUUCAUAUUGAAAAUUCAUCAGAAACAUCAACAAAAAAGUCAUUGAAAAGAAGUUGUGAAACUAGAUGGAUAGAACGAUUUCACGCAAUAAACGAUUUUCUAGACUUUAUGAGUACGUCAUUGAAGCAUUGGAUACAAUUUCGGAAUGGGACGAUAACGAUACUUCUAAUAAAGCAAGACGUCUUAGAAGUUCUAUUUUAGAUAUAGAGUUUGUGAUAUCAUUAUUUGUACUAAACAAAGGUUUUAGUAUAGGUUUACCACUUUCAAAGUUCCUACAAAAAUCAAAUAUCGAUCUUAAAUUGGCUCUACAAUUAGCAAAUGAUACACAAAAAGAAUUACAAGAACUCCGAACACACGCCGAUGAUGUUUUCAAGGAAAUAUUUGAAGAAGUAAAAGUAGUAGCCGCAAAAUUUGAUAUUGAAAUUAAAAUUCCGAGAUUAACAAAAAAACAAACUAAUAGAUGCAAUAUACCAUUAAAUACUUUGGAACAAUAUUAACGAGCAUCAAUUUUUAUUCCUUAUCUUGACAAAUUUAUUACAGAGUUAGAAGAAAGGUUCAAUGUUCAUCGAUCGAUUUUAUCAGGUUUCGAUUCUCUAUUUAGGGAAAAUGGUCCCAUCGAAGAUGUUAUAAUUCUUUCAAAUAAAUAUAUUGAAGAUUUCCUAAAUGAUAGAUCUCAAAAUCAAAUUAUUGAAGCAAAAUACAAAUUAUGGCAGAGAAAACUCAUGCAAACAACAGAGAAACCAAAUAAUGCUCUAGAGGCUAUGGCUAUGUGUAACUAGUCAAUUUAUCCAAACAUAUUUAAACUUCUUCAAAUCUUAAUCACGCUACCUGUUUCCUCUGCAACAAAUGAAAGAACAUUUUCAAAUUUAAAAAGAAUAAAAACGUAUCUAAGGAAUUCCAUGUCAGAGGGAAGAUUGAACGGUUUAACGAUGUUAUCAAUAAAUAAAAACUAAUCAAUAAAAUCGGAAGAAGUUAUUGAAGAACUGGCGAGG